AUGGAUGAUGAUGAUGCAGAGAAGACAUCCUUCAUCACAGAAUGGGGUACAUAUUGUUAUCGAGUCAUGCCGUUUGGGUUGAAGAAUGCUGGGGCAACAUAUAUGAGAGCGAUGACCACCAUAUUUCACGAUAUGAUGCAUAAUGAAAUUGAAGUAUAUGUGGAUGAUGUGAUCAUUAAAUCAAGAAAGCAGUCUGACCAUGUCAAGGAUUUGGUGAAAUUUUUCGAAAGGCUUCGCAGUCGGCGUGGUGUUGAAUUGGAUCCUGCAAAGAUCAAAGCUAUUCAGGAGUUACCACUGCCAAAGAACAAAACCGAGGUAAUGAGCCUACUUGGGAGGUUGAAUUACAUUAGUCGAUUUAUUGCUCAACUCACAACAACUUGCGAGCCCAUUUCUAAGUUGUUAAAGAAGAAUGCUGCGAUUGAAUGGACUGACGAAUGCCAAGAAGCGUUUGACAAAAUCAAGAGGUAUCUGUCGAAUCCACAUGUAUUGGUUCCUCCCGAGCCUGAGAGACCUUUAAUAUUGUACCUAUCAGUUCUGGACAAUUCCUUUGGUUGCGUAUUGGGUCAACAUGAUGUUACAGGCAAGAAGGAACAGGCAAUCUAUUAUCUCAGCAAGAAGUUUACUACUUAUGAGGCUAAGUACACUCAUCUAGAAAGGACGUGUUGCGCUUUGACUUGGGUUGCACAAAAAUUGAAACAUUAUCUUUCGUCCUACACUACUUAUCUUAUCUCCCGCUUGGACCCUUUGAAGUAUAUAUUUCAGAAGCCCAUGCCCACGGGCAGGCUUGCAAAAUGGCAGAUAUUACUCACGGAGUUUGAUAUUUCGUAUGUGACUCGGACCGCGAUGAAAGCCCAAGCCUUGGCAGACCAUCUGGCGGAGAACCCAGUGGAUGAAGAAUAUGAGCCAUUGAAAACGUACUUUACUGAUGAAGAAGUGUCAUGCCUCGAGGAGGUCAUUUUGGAUAACGAUCCGGGUUGGAAGUUGUUUUUUGAUGGGGCUGCUAACAGGAAAGGAGUUGGGGUAGGGGCCGUUCUUAUCUCAGAAUCAGGACAACAUUACCCUGUAACAGCCCAACUUCGAUUUUAUUGUACCAACAACAUGGCGGAGUAUGAAGCUUGCAUUUUGGGUUUAAGGUUAGAUAUCGACAUGGGGAUUCAAGAAUUAUUGGUAUUGGGGGAUUCAGACUUGCUAGUCCACCAAGUUCAAGGAGAGUGGGAAACCCGUGAUUUGAAGCUUAUACCAUAUCACCAGUGUUUGCAGGAUCUUUGCAGACGGUUCAUAACAGUAAAAUUUAAGCACAUUCCUAGGAUUCAUAAUGAGAUUGCUGAUGCUUUGGCCACCUUGUCUUCAAUGCUCCAGCACCUAGACAAGGCUCACAUUGACCCUUUACAUAUACAAACUCACAAUCAACAUGCUUAUUGCAAUACAGUUGAAGAGGAACUUGACGGUGAGCCUUGGUUCCAUGAUAUUAAAGAAUAUAUCGAGUCGGCGAAAUAUCCAGCACAUGCUACUAGUGACCAGAAGAGAGCUAUUCGACGAUUGGCAAGCGGAUUUUUCUUAAGUGGAGGAAUUUUGUAUAAAAAGACUCCAGAUUUAGGACUUUUGAGGUGUGUAGAUGCUAAAGAGGCUGCAACUAUCAUGACUGAGAUACAUUCAGGAGUUUGUGGACCGCACAUGAACGGGUAUGUUUUGGCAAAGAAAAUUCUUCGAGCAGGCUAUUACUGGCUCACCAUGGAGUGGGAUUCCAUUCGUUUCGUUCGUAGGUGUCAUCAGUGCCAGGUACAUGGCGACUUGAUACAUUCUCCUCCUUCAGAAUUACACACAAUGUCUGCUCCAUGGCCUUUCGCAGCUUGGGGGAUGGAUGUGAUCGGGCCAAUUGAGCCGAAAGCGUCCAAUGGGCAUAGGUUCAUUUUGGUGGCAAUCGAUUACUUUACAAAGUGGGUGGAAGCAGUAACUCUCAAGUCGGUGACUAAAAAUGCCGUGGUGGAUUUCGUUCAUUCCAACAUUAUUUGCAGGUUCGGGAUCCCGAGGACAAUGAUUACAGAUAAUGCGGCGAAUCUCAACAGUCAUCUGAUGCGUGAGGUAUGUCAGCAGUUUAAGAUUACACAUCGGAAUUCAACUCCAUAUCGUCCGAAGGCAAAUGGGGCUGUGGAAGCUGCUAAUAAGAACAUUAAAAAAAUACUGCGCAAAAUGGUGCAAUGUUCGAGACAAUGGCAUGCAAAGUUGCCUUUUGCUUUAUUGGGUUGUCGCACAACUGUUCGCACUUCAGUAGGUGCAACUCCUUAUUUGUUGGUAUACGGGACCGAAGCGGUUAUACCUGCAGAAGUUGAAAUCCCGUCCCUUCGAAUCAUUGAGGAAGCUGGAAUUGAUGACAAUGAGUGGGUCAAAACCCGUUUAGAGCAAUUGAGUCUGAUUGACGAAAAGAGAAUAACAUCGGUAUGUCAUGGUCAACUGUAUCAAAAGAGGAUAGCACGAGCACACAACAAAAAGGUGCGCCCCAGACAUUUUGAAGUGGGUCAAUUAGUGUUAAAGCGGAUUCUUCCACAUCAGGCCGAGGCCAAAGGCAAGUUCGCCCCAAAUUGGCAGGGGCCAUUCGUGGUGAAGAAGGUUUUGCCCAAUGGUGCUUUGUAUCUGACAGACAUAGAAGGCACAAUGUCUGAAACUGCCAUCAAUGCAGAUGCAGUGAAAAGAUAUUAUGUAUGA